UGUGUGGCACUUAUUUUGAAGAGACAAGUGGCUGGAACAGUUGCAUUGAGUUCGACUUUGAUAGUUUCAUAAGUUAUAGUUUAAGGACCACGAUAGACUUGAGAGAUAGAUUACAGAGUAAGAUUUGGAAACACAACACAAGAUAUGGGGUAUUGGAAGUCUAAGGUUCUUCCUAAGAUCAAGAAGGUUUUUGAGAAGAAUAGUACCAAGAAAUCUGCUGCUGCUGCUGAGAUCUCCAAGUCCUUUGAUGAGUCAAAGGAGGAAUACAACAAAGCGUUUGAAGAAAAGAAGACUGAACUUCAAACAAAAGUACUUGAAAUAUAUGAGGCUUCAUCAACUGAAGUCAAGGGUUUGGUUAAAGAACCUAAUGAAGCAGGGCUAAAGAAGAACUCCACAGCAGUUCACAAGUUCUUAGAGGAGCUCGUUAAAAUUGAUUUCCCAGGAUCAAAGGCAGCAUCUGAAGCAUCUUCUAAGUUUGGACCAGCCUUGGUUUCAGGCCCAGUUUUCUUUGUUUUUGAGAAGUUAUCAACUUUAAUUGUUGUAGAAGAGAAAGAGGAAGUGAAAGUUGAAGCCCCUCCUACAGCAACUAAAACAGAAGAAGAAGAUGAAACAAGUACUGUCAAAGAGAGGGAGAUAGUGGUUGAAGAAGAGAAAAAGGAUGAGGAAAAACCACAAGUAGUAGAAACCACUGAGAAAAUUGAAUCAGAGGCACCUGCAGAAGCUAAGGUGGAAGAACAACCAGCUGAGCUUGAACCAGCUGCUAAAGAGGAAGAGAAACAUGCUGAAACAGUUGCAGUUGAGCAAGCAGAACCUUCAAAGCCUUGAUAAUUUCAUUCCCCAAUAGCAGAUGCAAAUAUAUGUGCAUUAGUUUGCAUAUAAUCAAAAUUGUUAUAUACCAAUGUUCUCUUAUUCUUUUGUAUCUCUGUAAUUGAUGUGGGGUGCAUAGUUUGCUGUUGGAGAUUUGAUAAUUAAUGUGUAUGUGAAUGUUUGUUGUGAAACAUUUUGUAAUAUUCAUUUUCAUUUUUCAGACAAAAAAAUUGGGGUGGAUCUUUUGGUUCAUCAAAUCCUUCAUGUCUGUUGUUUCAUUUAAAUUAAAGUGAUUAGUU